CCGGCAGUGGCGAGGAAGAGUAACCAACCAUAUCCCUGGACAGUUUAACAACCAAGUUGGCUGCACGGCCCGUGUGUCGUUGCUUUUGCGCCCGACUCGGACGGCCAAGGGUCCUACUGUCCUACUGUAUGACAGUAGGGCCAGCAAACUUUAAAAAUGUCGCAACCCGGGAGCCGGGCCUCCUUUCGGCCCUGGGCAUGUCUCCGACGGCCUAUAACGAUUAGCACACCGAGUAGCUCUCCCGAGGUCCUUCCGAGAUCAAACCGAGCCGACCGCGGAGCGACUCCACCUCUCCGCAAUCGACCAAAAAUUGUUGUUGUACUGUAGCACACACCUCUCCCCGCAGAGAUCGCACCCCAGACAUGCUUGUCGAAGGGCUGUCUAGACCACGCAAAUGAAUUCUGUUGGUUGCAUCCCCCGAUAUUUUUCUCCAGAUUCCACAUCCUCUAUCUCUAUUCUACACCAGUGAUAAUUCAAACUUGAUUGUUUCCCCAAGAUCCCGUUCUUGUUGUUAAUCUCUAUUCCUUCCAAACAUGGGCAUCCUGCUCAAGCAGCCCGAGGGCACUGCAGGAAAGGCAUGGCCUGCCAUUCUGAUCAGUGGCUUCGUCGCUUUCGGUGGUAUUCUAUUCGGCUACGAUACAGGCACAAUCAGUGGAAUUCUGGCCAUGCCAUACUGGGAUAGGACAUUCUCAACCGGCUACACAGACUCUGAUGGUAACCUUACCAUCACCUCCAGUCAGUCUUCAGCCAUUGUAUCCAUUCUAUCCGCGGGUACCUUCUUCGGCGCCCUCGGUGCUGCCCCAAUGGGAGAUGUCAUUGGUCGUCGCUGGGGAUUGAUUGCCUCGACUGGUGUCUUUACCCUUGGAGUUGCUUUCCAGACUGCUGCGACUGCCAUUCCUCUUUUCCUGGCGGGUCGUUUCUUUGCUGGCUUUGGUGUUGGUUUGAUUUCGGCGCUGAUCCCCCUUUACCAAUCCGAGACUGCCCCGAAAUGGAUUCGUGGUUUCAUUGUCGGUUCGUACCAAUUCGCCAUCACAGUCGGUCUUUUGCUAGCCGCUGUCGUGAACAAUGGCACCCAUAAUCGUAACGAUACCGGCUCCUACCGCAUCCCCAUCGCGGUCCAAUUUGCCUGGGCCAUCAUCCUCGUUGUCGGCAUGCUCAUCCUUCCCGAAACACCCCGCUACUUGAUCAAGAGAGAUAAUCACGAAGGAGCCGCGAGGAGCUUAUCCAAACUCAGACGUCUUCCUCGAGAUGACCCCGCGCUGCUUGCGGAACUUGCCGAGAUCCAGGCAAACCAUGAGUACGAGAUGAGCAUCGGAAGCGCGGGUUACGUGGAGUGUUUCAAGGGUAGCCUUGGAAAGCGACUUCUUACUGGCUGUCUCCUGCAGGCCCUCCAGCAGUUGACCGGUAUCAACUUCAUUUUCUACUAUGGCACUCAGUUCUUCAAGAACUCUGGGUUCAAGAAUGAGUUUGUCAUCAGUCUAAUUACUAGCUGUGUUAAUGUCGGCUCCACUAUCCCCGGCCUUUACGCUAUUGACAAGUGGGGAAGACGUCCAGUUCUGCUUGCCGGAGCCAUCGGCAUGACCAUCUCUCAGCUCCUCGUUGCCGUUCUUGGUACGACCACUACCAGCCAAGAUGCCUUGGGAAAUAUUAUCGUCCACAACGAGGCUGCUCAGAAGGCUGCAAUCGCGUUCAUUUGUAUCUACAUUUUCUUCUUCGCAGCCUCUUGGGGACCCAUCGCCUGGGUUGUGACCGGCGAGAUUUUCCCUCUCAAAGUACGAGCUAAGUCUCUGUCAAUGACCACCGCUACCAACUGGCUCCUUAACUGGGCUCUGAGCUUCGCCACCCCCUACCUGGUCAACUAUGGGCCUGGAAACGCGAACCUGCAAUCCAAGAUCUUCUUCAUUUGGUUCGGCUGCUGCUUCCUCUGCAUUACUUUUGUUUACACCAUGAUCUACGAGACCAAGGGCUUGACAUUGGAGGAGGUCGAUGAGCUCUACAAUGAGGUCAGCUCUGCCAGGAAGAGUAUUGGCUGGAAGCCAACCAUUACCUGGACUGAGAAGAAGGAGAUUUCACAUGCUCUUGGGGAGAAGGGCCCAGUUGAGGAGCACAGGGAGUUCCAGGGGCAGACCCCUGCGCAUGUUUAGAGGACUGAAUUUUUCUCUGGCUGCGAAUUGUUGGUGGUGAACGAGUGUCUUACUGCGUCCAGCUGAAUGGAGUGGUUUCGAUGUAAUUAUUAAGCUUAUUUAUAGCUUGGUCUGAUCCAGACUUCACUUUCGAGAAGCCUAGGUUAAUGGAUAUAUCAGAUCGUCUUUCAAAGGAUCCAAGUUUUGCUAAAAUUGAGAGGCGGAAGAAUGGGUAUUACCUCCAG